AUGACGACCACGCAUGCAACAAAGUAUGACUCGAAACGGGCGCCAGUACUGGACCGAGAUUGCGCCAUAACGCCCCCGCGGACACCCACAGCAACGAGUACAGCGGCACACAAAGUACUCGCCGAGAUCCAAUCGAUAUACAAUGGCCUUGUCAAACUGAAUUCUCUUGCGCCUGGGCCACAGAUCAACGAUCUGCUCAGUCGUCUAGUCGACCUCUGUGUACUACCCUAUAGCACGAACUUGUCAGAAGAGAUAUUACGUUUAUGCGCAUCUAGCAACCUCUGCGAGCGACUACGCCCAAUAUGCGCAGAAGCAGAGGGAGAGCUCGAAUCAUACUGGGCGCAGCGCAUCACGGCGUUGGCAAAAGUAAACCCAGCAUCUAAGCAAACCACCACGACCAACCCUCUCCACAGCUUCCCCUACCACCAAAACUACAUCGACCUCUCCCACCUCGAAUGCGCCUCCCUGGAACCAUUCCUCGCAUCCCCACCCCGCAACCUCGCCUUCAUAGGCUCCGGUCCCCUCCCCCUGACAUCUCUCUGCGUCCUGGACCGCUAUCCCACCGCCACCAUCCACAACAUCGACCGCGACCUACCCGCCCUGCAAACCAGCCAGCAGCUCUGCGCACGACUAGGCUACACCGCGCGCUCGACUUUUGCCUGUACCGACGUCAGCACGGAUGAGCGUAGUAUAAUACCAGGUAUACAAGGCCAGCAGAUGACAGACUGGCAUGCCUUUGACGUCGUGUUUCUCGCUGCGCUCGUGGGCGUCGAGUCCCAUGAGAAGAUUGCGAUCCUGGAGAGCUUAGUACGCAAGUUGAGGCCGGGGACUGUCGUGGUGGCGCGGAGUGCGAGGGGCCUGAGGACGGUGCUGUAUCCGGUGCUGGAGCUGGGGGACGAGCUGGAGAAGGCGGGGUUCGAGAUUUUAGUCGAGGUGCAUCCGUGGAAUAAAGUUGUCAAUUCGGUUAUUGUGCUGAGGGUUAAGGAAAGGUAG